UUUAUUACAAACACUACUGAGAAUAUCAUACACUCAUCACCGGCAUGAGCUUCAAAGCCUUUGAUAAACAUUUGUUUUAUUGAAAAAUUAAAAACCUUUGCAAUCCAGAGGACCAUAAGGAGCUGGAGGAGCCUGCUUUUGAGGUCCCCGCGUGUGGGUGUGUGUGUUUAAUCUAGCCGCUGUGUGGUCCAGCUGUGGUGAUGGCCGCGUCUCUGGACGGAGGCUGGUCCUGGGUCAUUGUGCUGGCCUCCUUCAUGGCCCAGCUGCUGGCGUUCGGCUCGCCCCAGGCGGUGGGCGUCCUGUACCCGGAGUGGCUCAGCGCCUUCCACGAGAGCAAGGGCAUGACCGCCUGGGUGGGCUCCAUGGUGUCAGGGGUGGCACUCAUCGCAAGUCCACUUUGCAGUGCAUGUGUGGAUAAUUUUGGUGCCCGGCCGGUCACUAUAUUCAGUGGUGUGAUGGUGGCAGGAGGGCUGAUGCUCAGCGCUUUUGCCCCUAACGUCUCCUUCCUCAUCUUCUCAUAUGGCAUCGUCGUCGGUAUGGGCUGUGGUCUCGUCUAUGCAGCCACACUCACCAUCACCUGUCAGUAUUUUGACAAGAGGCGUGGCCUCGCCCUGGGCAUCGUUACAACAGGAACCAGUGUGGGUGGGUUUCUGUACGCAACGGCGCAGAAUGAGCUGAUUGACCUGUUCGGAUUGGACGGCUGCUUGCUGAUCAUCGGUGCUCUGGCGCUGAACCUGAUGGCAUGCGCCGGCCCCAUGCGACCCUUGAACCUUCCAGGCUAUUACCUCAAACAAAAGGCCGCUCUUGCCCACAAAGAUGGACCACUCUACGACAAACCAGCUGCCAUCAUCAUCAUUGAUUCCAGUACCAUGAAUGGCUCCGCCCACAAGUCCCCCGUGAAGGAGCUCUUGAUCUCCAUGGAGACCGGAGAGCCGAGGGCAGAGCCUGUGUGCUCCCAAGUGGUGCAGGUCGUCAAAAAGCGCCUCCGACCGCACGUGGAUUACCUUCACACGAUGGCUGAAUAUUUCCAGGACCGCAGCUUUACAGCCUUUUGCAUCUCCAUCUUCCUCUUCAGCCUAGGCGCAUUCCCACCUGUCCUGUUUAUGGAGGACGUAGCCCAGAGCGAGGGCCUCAUCGAGCACGUGGCCCUAAUCCCACUCGUCUCCAUUGUUGCUGUGGCAACUGGCAUGGGCAAGUUGGUCCUGGGUGCCCUGGUUGAUGUGCGGUGGGUCAGCGGCCUGCUCCUCUAUGCCCUGACGGUGAUGGGCUCAGGUGUGGCCCUGCUGUUGGUGCCCGCAUGGAAGAGCUACGUGGGACUGCAGGUGCUGUCUGCCACUCUUGGCUUCUUCUCAGGCAACUGGUCACUCACAUCCUACAUUACCACGCACAUCGUAGGCAUUGAGCGCCUCAGCCAGGCGCAUGGCGUCCUCAUGUGCUUUGGAGGCUUCGGGAUCAUGCUGGGACCUCCUGUUGUAGGCUGGUUCUUCGACUGGACCCAGUCAUAUGACCUGGCGUUCUACUUCAGUGGGUCCUGUGUGGUGUUGGGAGGCGUGGUUCUGUUUCUGGCUGCCUUGCCUUGCUGGGACCGGGAGAAGAAAGAGAAGAACAUGUCUGCAAUUGAUCCAGAUAAACAAAGUACAUCUGACUGUGACAAAGUGGCUUCAGUGGCCUGAGACACCUUAAAGCAAUGGUUCAGCCAAGACACAGUUUUCCAUCUACCCCCAAGUGUCGUCAAUUAGCCAAUACAUGUUUGCUUCUUUAGCUUUGCACUGGAGCUAGUGUAGCUAACAAGUAAUGGAAGAUUCUAGAUACUAGUUAAAAUACUUGUUUAUGUAGUUUUUGACACUGUGUGACAUGCUGUAUAUUACAUAGCUAAAUCUAGUGGUACCAGCCAUCUUGAAGCGAAUACAUUAAAAAAAUUCAGGUAUCAAGACUACUACUGUUUGUCCAUUACUUGUCAGCUACAUUAGCCUCAUAGCGCCAGUGCAAGCCAAAGAAGCAAACGUUAGACACCAAACAUGUCUUGGUGGAUUGACCACAUUUUAGGUUAGUGGAAUGUACGUAUUACCCGUGUGUUGAUUCAGCUGUGUAAUUUUUACCUAAACCAUUGUUUUCGCAUAACACUAAGCUGAUUGACCUCUCUCCUUAACGCCUUAAAGCUGCCAUAUAUCUACAGGAGUCUAUAUUGACACUUUCAUGCAUUAGCUUAUCUUUCUUUCUUUCUUUAUUUCUUUUUGCUCUCACCAGCUAAGAAUAGCUAGUUCUAGCUAGAGGCGUUUCAGUGCCAGAUUUGGUCAUAAAAAGCGCACAGAAAUAGACUUUUUGAUUGAUUUUGAAUGCAAUUUUUAUGCUUUCUGUAUUUCAUAGUGAUGCACAGUUCUAUUUUCUGUAUCUUGUAACUGUAAUUAAUAUAAUUAUUGCCUCAUUUCUAGAGGCCUAUAAGGUUUAUAGUAGACAAGCGUGUAUUAGGUUACAUUUAGCAGACAGUGGGUUUUGUACAAUUCACUCACUUGAAAUGAGCCUUUGUUUAGUAACAGGACAUGAUGUGCAGUCAAAGUACUGUAGCCUGGAUUUCAAGGCGUCUAGAAUCAAGACUUAAUGUGAAACAGUAAAGACAGCCUGGGAAUUCUACACUGUAACAGUCAAUAAUAAGAAAAAGGCAUUAGACUGUUCGGAUCAGUCACAGAACGCAUGGUGUUUGUUUUUAGGCUGUCUCGCUCUACCAUCCAUGCCAAACUCCAAAGAUUUGAUGGUGUUCCAGGGAAUGUUGACAGGGACUGGAAUCACGGAGGGAAUCUGUUUUGAAGGCCCAGUCAAGGACUGCAGGGCUAAGUCCUGAGCUCUUUGCUAACCUUUUUGCUAAAGGUUGGAGAAGCUUAAAUUUGCCUAGCAUGUCCUGACUGGUUCCCGAAAUUGCCAAAAAUGAAAUUUACACAGUUUCCAUCCUUACUCCAAAUCCAUCCCCUCCAGAGCAAAGUCACCAAGGUGCUGCAGAAAUCAAUGAGGUUACACAAUAGGAAAGUACAUGAGUUAAAUGCUAAUUUGUGGUCAUUACCACAAGCAAAAAGCACAAGAUGUGCUUUCAAAGAGUGGUGCUUUAAAAGAAUAACACAAUACUAUGAUUUCACUUUAGGAUAUUUGAAUACUGUUUGUUUUUAAAAAUCUAUGUCCAUGAUACACCGUUUACAGUGAUCACCUAAAUGUUUCAGGCUUUAUCAGACAUAUUAGCGCUAUGUAAAUUAAUUAGUCUUUGUACUAUACUACAAGAGCCGUUCAAGUCAUGUCGCUGUGAUACGUUUGGUGUUCUACGUUUGCUUCUUUUGGUUUGUACUUGGCCUGUACUAGCCAGGCAAACGUAGCUAAGAAGGAACAAUUAUCCUUGCGCACACUGAACGCUUAAAUCAUCACCUGCUUUGUUGGAAGACUUGCUUGUGUAGCAUAGAUACAUACAAUUAUUUUUGUAAAAAUGGGCAAAAGUACAUCACAGCUAAAAAGAAGUAGGGGACAUUUCGAAGCCUAAAUUUUGUCGAUAAUUUUGUCCACAUAAGCAUGACAUCCCUCCCCAAAAAAAAA